AUGCUCUGCGCACAGCAGCAAGGCGCAGCAGCAGCAGCUGCUGCUGCUGCUGCAGCAGGGGUUGCUGCUGUUGGCAGCAGCAGCCACAGCUGGGCAGAAUACCAAGUGUUCGCUUUUGAGAAUCUUUUGAGGGCCUUCCCAGGGGCCCCCGGAUGUGGGGCCAGCAGCAGCAGCAACAGCUGCUGCAAAACACAUGCAGCAGCCAGCAGCAGCAGUAGCAGGUCCGAAACUCUCUUGCUGCUGCUGCCGCUGUGCAGCGAGUGCGCUGCAGCCCCCCCGAUUUGUACAGUCGCGGGAAGAGCAGCAGCAGCAGCAGCAACAGCAGCAGAAGCAGCAGAGCGAAGCAUCCCCUGUGCAUGCAGCGCAUGCAGCUCGUCGCUGCUGCUGCUGCUGCUGCUGCGUCUAGGCCUCCAGGGCCUCCAAAGGGCCCCACAGGCAGACGGGCUGCUGCUGUGCAGCAAAACAGAUGUGCCGAGGCAGCAAAAGAACUUCUUCCCGCUGCUGCUGCAGCCUUUGGCCCAGUGGCAGAGCCCACAAAAUAUUACCAGGGGGCCCUCGAGGGGCCCCCCAAAAGGCUCUUUAGGGGGCCCUCCGGGGGCCCCCCAUGAAGCCUUUCCUGGGGGCCCCCCGGGAGUUCCCUUAGGGGGACCCGCUAGGGGCCUCCCCGGGGGCCUCUCUGCGGGGGCCCUCAGGGGACCCCCAUGGGGGCCCCUUCCGCAGCAGCAGCAGCAGCAGCAGCAGCACCACACAGAGGGGCCCCGCAGCCUGCAGCAGCAAACUGACAGGAGACAUUAUGGCUUAUUUCUAGCUCUUCUCCUUCGCGCAGUUGCAGCCACUAUCAAACGAAAAGAAGAAAGUACAUUAAGGGGCCCAGACUCCCCCUUCAGCGCUGCUGCUGCUGCUGCUUCUGCUGCUGCUGCUGCUGCUGCACGGGCAAACGGGAAGGGGCCCGGGCAGGGCCUUGGGGGGCCCCUGCGGGGCCCCCAGCCGAGCGACCCGCUGCCCCGCUGCGCUGUGGUAGCUGAGACUUUUAGCUGCUGCAGCAGCUGCUGCUGGCGCUGCAGCAGCAGCAAACCAGCGGGGGUGGGGUGUGAGGGUUUAGUUUCUUUCUGCUGCCUCGAAAGCUCCAGGUGGCUCUGCAUGCUGCGCAGCCGUUUUUCGCACAUUUUCCUCCUUUUCUACGGAGUCCACAGAAGCAAGCAGCAGCAGCAGCAGCAGCAAGAGCAGCUGCAGCGGCAGCAGCAAGAGCAGCUGCAGCAGCAGCAGCGCGGUGCAGCCGCGACAGAGGGGACUCUUUUGCCUGUUUUGUUUGUUGCGGACAUAACAAAUGCAGUUGUGGCAGCAGCAGCUGAGUAG